AUGUACGACGGUAAAAAACUUUGUCAUUUAGUACAAGAUACGAAAUAUAGUAUUACACAAACCAAUGGUCAACGCGUCUAUGGCCUGCGAACCAGCUCCCAUGAUGAACCUCCACGCAGCAGCGAAUUAUUCAUUGGAAAACUACCGCGCGACAUAUUCGAAGACGAAUUGGUGCCGAUUUUCGAGCAAAUUGGAGCAAUCUACGAGUUACGUCUUAUGGUAAACUUUGAUGGAACAAAUAGAGGCUAUUGUUUUGUCCGUUAUUUUACGCGCGAACACGCGGAGCGAGCUAUACGUUGCUUGAACUACUACGAAGUGCGACCGGGUUGCCGACUUGGCGUUUACUGGUCACUCGACAAUACACGACUAUUUGUCGGCGGCCUGCCGAGAGAUAAAACGAAGACUGAAAUCGUGCAUAUGCUCGAAUAUUACAUGGAUAAUAUCAAAAACAUUAUCAUGUAUCCUUCAUAUGACGAUAUCACAUACAAUCGAGGCUACGCGUUCCUAGAAUUCGAAAAUCAUCGCGCAGCUGCAAUUGCGCGCCGUCGCAUUCCGCCCGGAUCACAUAUUUGGAAUUCGCCGAUUAAAGUCGAUUGGGCUGAUCCCGUGCCCGAACCUCCAUCCGAAAUUAUGUCAAAAGUUGCGACAUUGUACAUGCGCAACAUACCAAGUUUUAUGUCCACUCAAGAAUUUGAACGACUACUUCUUCUUACCGUCAAGCCCGAAUUAAUUACAAAAGUGUACAAAACAUUAGAUUAUGCAUUUGAGGAAUACGCCCGUGAGCUGGGCGAUACACCAUCGAGCUCAAACCUAAACUUUUAA